CCGAGCCGAGCCGGGGCAGCCGCGGGGCCGAGCGGACACCGGCCUUGGGCUGCCCCGGGGCUGCGCCGCGCCCCCCGGGGGUCCCCACACCCACGUCCCCGAGGGCGGCCAGCCCUCCCGGCCCGGCCUCUAGGAGGGCCCCAGCCCCCUCAGCCACGACCCCCAGGAGGGGCCCCGUCCCCCUCAGCUUGGGGGUCCCGGCCCCCGGCCACAGCCCCCCAGGAGGGGCCCGGCCUCCCUUUACCGUGUCCCGCCCCACUGUGGCCGCACGCCCCGGGCAGCCGUGUGCCCCCGAGCAGCGAUGCUGCAGCCGCAUCGCCCGCGAGCGAGACUGCCCCAUCGCAUCCUCCAUGCAGCAUGCGGCCUGGCCGAGGAGCCCCAGGCAGCCCGGCCCACGCGGUCCCCCGCAGCCACAGCGCCCGGGCUCCCCGCUCGAGGUCCCCAGCCGGCCCGGCCUCCCCUCAUCCCGCCUCGGCCUCCCCUCAUCCCGCCUCAGCCUCCCCCAGCUGCCCGCCCCCGGCACCCAGCCCCGGGCGGUGGCUGGGCCGCGCGAACCGGGCCGAGCUCUGGCCUCCGGGGCUCCGGCUCACCGGCGCGGCCCUGCCGGCGGGGCGAAGGACGGGUCUGCGUGGCGGCGGUGUGGCGGGGGAGGCCGUCUCCCCCAUCCGCCGUCCCUGCCGGGGAGGGAGGCUGGCCCGGCGGCCCUGCGCUGGAAGCCGUUGGCUCCGGUUCUGAUGCAGCUUUCAAACGCCCAGCAGUUCCGGAGGGGCGACGGGGCCGCAGGACGCCGCGGGCUGCAGCUUGGGCAAUCUCCACGCUUGUUCGGCCCCGCUGUUUUUCCUGAACGAGCAGGGCAGGUCACCGCCCCGCUGUAAAUGCAGCUCCCCUCUGGGGAAAGGCAGCGGGUCUGAGUCAGGGGGAAAAAAAUGGAUUUAAAUGGAUUUUCUUGAAGAUGUUCUCAAAACAUUUUCCUGUUUUGAGACACUGUGAUUUUUUUCCAAGAGCAAAAAGACCCUGAUCCCUCCUGGGCAUGUAAUGAUCCCAUGCACCUUCUGAGACGUGCUGUGUCCUGCCUGACGCUGGUGUGGACACAGAUGCGUUCUCCCUGCCUGCUCCUGCGGCCCCUUGUAGAUGCACAUCCUUGGAGCUUGGGGUUAAAGAGGCUGCGUCGCCCGGCGACUCCUGGAUGGGAAGCCCCCAAAGUCUCUGUGCUGCUCUAGAUCUGGUCUGGUGUCAUGGACGUGAAGGAGAUCAUCGACCUGACCUGCGAGGAGACGAGUGCAGAGCCAGUGCCAUGCACCAGCCUCACCAUCAUCGACCUGACGGAGGAGGAGGAGGACCCAUGCAGCCCUCCCGCUGCCGCAGGCUGUGCUGGCCAGGACCCUGGGCAAGCACCUGCUUCCGAGGCAGCGCACGCCUUCCCACCUAGGCUCUGCCUCCCCACCAAGCAAGAAAAGGAGGCAUCGGUGGAGCCCAAGCCUGAAGUGCCCUCCCACAGGGCCCCCGCAGAGCCCCUCUUUGCCAUGGACGCAGCAGAAAGCGCUGGGAGCAGAGGCAGCUUCUCUCCCACCUCCAGCUGCCAAGGCUCUUCGUGCAGCUCUGGGCAGAACUGCAGCACCACCACUUUUAACAGUGACUUGGGCUCCCUGGCCAGCAUGCAGCUGGACUCAGACCAGCUCUCGCUGUCCCCCUCCAGCCAGGAUAGCAGCUGUAGCUGGAAAGCCUCUGGUGCAGAGGAAGAGACUCCCCCCAUUUGCCAGCAAAAGGAGCUCCCCCCAAGCCUGAGACCUGCUCCAGCUAGCAUCACUACAUCCCCAGCAGGAGCCAAAAGGCCUAUGUUGGAAGCAAAGGAUGUGCCACCGCGUGUAGCAAUGCAGCGAGUGGUUCCAGCCAGGACCAAGGCUGACAGCAAGGCCUGGCUGAACAAACUGCAGUAUUUCAGGAGAACAGGAGUCCGUCACCUCUUCCUCCAAGACAUAGCACCUGACAGGGAAGCACUACAGCGGAAACCUGAGCUCAUCCCCAGCGGGAAGAUGAGCAUGGUGCACACCACCAUCGAGGAGAACUUCCUUGAGGGCACAUUGCAUUUCCUGAGCGAGUUCGUCUCCUGCCAGCACUGCCCUCCUAAAGACAUCGUAUCCUACCUGAUCAGACAAAUCCUGUUGAACUCCCACCGAGGGGAGAUUCUGAAGGACACCUACAUGCUGCUGAUGAAAAUCCAAAUGCUUCAUCCAGCCAACACUGCCACAGUGGGAUGGGACUGGACACUACUGAAAUACAUCAUGGAAGACCAGGAGAAGCCUCCUGGCCGACUCCUGUUCCUGGAGUACGUUGUGCAGACCCUGGAGGAUGACUUCCAGCAGAACCUAAGGCUGCAACUCCUGCAGAAGUCAAUUGCCAAGAACGUGCUUUCCUGUGACAUGUGUUUCAGCAAUGUCAAGGAGGUGAUCGAAUGGUUGGUUGCAGCAGUUACAGGAGUCGGGUUCUCCCAGCCCCGAGAGCAGCCACAGCCACAAGAAACGACAUAUUCUUUGUCAGAAGAAAGGGCUGAAUGCAGCUCAUCUGCACCACAGCUGGACUGCACUGACCAGACAGAGGUGGCUCCACCAGCUUUCUUCUCCCAGAAGGUGAUGCUCCUGCUCCAACGGAUGUUGUCCAUUGCAGUGGAAGUGGACAGAUCUCCCAACUGCAGCUCCUGUAAAAUCGCAGAUGUGAUAUUCCCUUUUAUACUGAACAUUCCUGUGAGGAGCCAAAGGGAAGCCUUCCUGAACACCAUGGACAGCCAGCUUCUGCGCUGCAAAGUGCUAGAGCUGAUGUUCCAGCACAGCUGCGAAGUACCCACAAACAUGCCCUUGUCUCUGGCCAAGAUCCUGUAUUUCUUGAGCCACUCCUCUGUGCUGCUGCAAUACCAGGAAGCAGCAGCAACAUGGGAAAGAUGGGAUGAGAUGCUGCAGUACUUGAGUUUGCUGCUGCUGAGUUAUCAAAACGUAGUGUUGGGGCACUUACGGAGCGCACUUAGUGAGCGAAUGGACUUAAUCAUUAAGAAAGCCAAGCCCAAGCUCCAGGAUGAUGAUGACAUCACCCAGCUGGACAUUCACCUGAACAUAGAGGACUUCCUCAGCCGACUACAGCAGGUCUUAGGGGAGCCCUUUCCCCUGCAGAUUGAGGAGAAAGUGUGCAUGCUCCGAGAGUUGCUCCUUGUUGUCACCGCUACGUGAUGGAGACAAGUACUGUGGCAGAGGGCACAAAGUGCCUCCUGUUUUCUUCACAAGCUAUGCCUAAGCCUCUGUUUUAUGCAGCAACCUCAACUGUCAUCCACCACAUGGUUUUGUUUAUACAUUUGUAUGGAAAAUUCUGUGAUUUGCCCUGUCUUGGAGCUUCCUUUCAAACUUGUAUCUUGUCCUACAGUUUUACAAGGCACUUUGUACACUUUUAAAACAAUAAAUUAUUUUCGUAUUU